AUGCCGAUUCGACAACGCGAGAAAAGCAUCGAAGAAUUUUCUAAAGACCCGGAAAUCCGCAUUUUGGUAUGCUCUCUCCGAACAGCGGGUACUGGGCUUGACCUUACAGCUGCAAAUAAAUGCAUUUUCGUUGACCUCUGGUGGAAUGAAGCCAUCGAGCAACAAGCAUUCUUCAGACUUUUUCGUAUUAACCAAAAGCGGAAGGUCGAGUUUGUUAGGGUUGUAGUACGAAAUAGCAUCGAUGACCGUUUGCAACUUUUACAAGAGGAUAAAUCGAACAAUAUUGAUGGGGUGCUGGGCUCUGAAGUCCUUAGUUCACGAGACUCCCUUACGGGUCUCUGUACUGUUCUUGGUGUUGAACAGGAUGACAGCACGGAAACCGGGUAUAGAUUUAUUUCAGAUGAGGAGGCCGAGCGGAGCAAAGAUCCUGGACAUGCUGAAGCCGAUAAAUGCGAAAGCUCGGCCAGCAACACUGGUUCCAGGGAUUCUCAUAUUACUCCUCUGGGUGCUUUGGGGAUCGAAGAAGGCGCUGUUCCCGUUAUUGCCGAGGUUGAGGGCUCUGCCCAAGCUGCCCAUGAGCGAGUUUUCUAUCUUCCCAAGUGCUUUGAAGGUGCCAUAUCUGCCGAAACAACGAUGGUACUGGCGUUCCCGACAUUUUAG